AGCUUCCCCACAAGUGGGUUCUCCUCAGUUGCGCCUCAGCCCCGCGGACUUCCUGGGCCGCUCAGACAGCCGGGAGGAGCUCGCUCUGCGGCCCUCCGCGGGCGAACCGGUCAGGGCCUGCGGACUAACAUUACCGGCCGAAGAAAGACUGCUCAUGCCUGUGUCAACGAAAGCUGAGCGGGAGUUCAUCCAGGAGCUCCGGAGGCAGGACUGCCGCGGGCCCUGCUGGGGUGGGAGGGAGGUGACAGGGCUCCCCAACUUCCAGAAGCCAUCUCUCACUUUCCGCUUGAGCGUUUGGAAACCCCGCCCGCGCGCUCCAGCCCCGCGCCGCCUCGCUUCCAGGUGUUCCUCGACCGCCCCGCCCCAGGUCCUCCCCGGUCACCCGCAGGUUCAAUCCAGAGGUGACCUGGCCGGGAGCCGGCCCUUGACCCGCAUCCUCCUCCCACUCCGCCCAGGCGGCCGCCGCUAAAACCCCGAGGUUCCCACGUGAAACUGCGUUCUUAUAAGGAGCCCCGGGUGCGCGUUGCACGCGGCCAAAGACUCAAGGUGUUAAGAGUCCGUAAGUCUUGAGCCCAGGGGUUCGCCACCCAGAUAGGUCCGGAGGCCAGAAGGCUUCAUGGAGCCCCAGGGGGCGCAUCUGCUAACUUUGGAGGCGCAGGGACCUGCGCCCUUGGGAGACCCCCCGCCAGCCCAGGACGUGUCCUCCGCGGUGAUCCCUUCCACGGAAGGUGUUAGGAACAGCGGUGACACAGAGGAGUCCCGGAGCGUGGACGCCAAGCCCUGGUCUCCCGAGGAGGAGGCUGACCUCUGGGAGCAGGAGGAGCUGCUGGAAUGCCGCCGCCGCCGCCGCGCGCGCUCCUUCUCGCUGCCCGCCGACCCGAUCUUGCAGGCAGCCAAGUUCUUGCAGCAGCGACAGCAGCUUGCCCUGGAGCUGGGUGCAGAGGGAGGCGAGAGGGCCGAAGACACGCGGCACAGCCCGGGUGACUGCUGUGCCAAGUGCAAGAAGCGGGUGCAGUUCGCGGACGCGCUUGGGCUGAGCCUGGCCAGCAUUAAGCACUUCAGCGAGGCGGAGGAGCCUCAGGUGCCACCAGCCGUGCUCUCUCGUCUCCGCAGCUUCCCUAUGAGCGCGGAGGACUUGCAGCAGCUCCCUGGCCUUCUGAACGCGGCUGCCGCGCCCCUUUCCGCGCCGCCUGCACGGCUCCGUCCUCUCUUCGAGCUUCCCGGGCCGGGAGCCGCGGCCGAGCGCCUCCGGCGGCAGCGCGUGUGCCUGGAGCGAGUGCAUUGCUCUGCGCCUUGGGGCUCGGAGGUGACGGGCUCCGGCCGAGUGCUGGGCUGCCCCGGGCCGAGGACCGUGGCCGUGCGCUACACUUUCACGGAAUGGCGCUCUUUCCUGGACGUGCCCGCGGAACUGCAGCCGGAGCCAGAGGAGACACAGCUGCAGGAGGCGCCAGCGGGAGAACCUAGACCCGAGAGUGCGGAGGAGGAGCCUCGCGCCGAGCGCUUCCAUUUCUCUCUGUGCCUGCCCCCGGGUCUGCAGCCCAAGGAGGGGGAGGAGAUGAGCGCGCCGGAUGUAGCCGUCCACUUUGCAGUCUGUUACCGCUGCUCGCAAGGCGAGUACUGGGACAACAACGCGGGGGCCAACUACACGCUAUGCUACGCGCGCCCAGCCGACGCUCUCUGAGCAGUCCGAGCGCGCUUCCAGGGACUGUGGGAAGGGAGUGCGCCAGGUGACUUGCCCGGAUGCCUUGCUGAGCGUCGUCCACCUUGAGUGAAGGGAUUGUGGAAGGAAGGGAGGGAGCCACUCAAUCGUAAAGUCGCACCCAGGCAGAUUCUGCGAACAGGCAUGGUGAGCCUCGGCAAAGCACCCGACCUCCGGCCCUUGUUCUCGUCCCUCAGGCCUUCGUAACUGGCCUCUUGACUUCUAACCCUGCAUCAGAAUGGAAAGAAAUCCUCAAGACUCUGACCAGUAGCUUUCUCCAAGAAAAAGGCUCUUGACCCCUGAGCGAGGCUCUAAGACCUUGGGAAGUGUUUUUAACUGUCAACAUCGUGUUUCAGUCUUUGAAGCUUGCUGGAGACCACCCAGGUCUCAGGGAAAAGACGAAGCAUCCCGCCACAUCUCCCCAAAGGAAGGUGCUGGACUGUGGGUGUUCGCGGGAGCUUUCCCUCGGGGUUCUUUCUCAGAGAAAACCGGGUGGGGCCUUGGACCGCUGUCCUUUGCUCUUAAUGGGACUCGGGGAGGCGUUUGUCCGGCCUUGACGAUCUUUACUUGUGCCUUUGUACAAAUGCGCUUUAAAAAAGUAAAAGCCACUUGCACACC